GCGUACUAGAGAGCGCACCAAAAGUUUGGGAGUUUUCGGUGGACUGUGUAUUAAUGGGACGCCCCGGCGUUCAGUGUGUGCUUGCCAGUGUUUUAUGCUCAUAGACACGCGUGGACAUUUCUUACAGAGGACGGGGAAUUCUUUUAUAGCUUUUUUUUUAUUUAGUUCUAAAUCGGAUUGCAUGCGUAAUGAUACGAAGUAAACCAUAUGCAUCACAGCCGUGAGGACUUUUCACCUGUGCUAUAUCAUUUGUUUGGAAACUAAAUCUUCAACUUUUCAUGGAACAGACUUUGACACCCAAGAACAAGAAGUGAAAUUCAUGGCCACCAUCCCCAUCCCUCCACCCUCUCUCCCUCCUCCUCCUCCUCCUCCUCCUCCUCCUCCACCUCCUCCCGUCUCAGCCAGCGGUCUGUCCCGAGUCGACUCUGGACGCAAACACCGGCUUCGCAACCUCAACUGGGAGCGGAUCCCCAAAGAGCGCGUGGAGGGCCGUAAGAGCGUGUGGAGCGGCUCUACGGAUGAGGACUGUGAGCUCUCCAUUGACCUGAGCUCUCUGGAUGAGCUUUUUGGGCAAAAAGAGGGUGACCGGCCAGACCGGGCCAGCGGCUUCCGGCGUGGUUCACGCCAGUGCGGGUCUCCACAAGAGACGAGUGUGGACAAAGUUACGCUGCUUGACUCAAAACGCAGCAUGAAUGUUGGGAUAUUUCUGCGGCAGUUGAAAAUUGCUGCUCGGGAGAUUGUGGAGGAUGUGCGGCGAGGGAUCGGAGAGCGUUACGGAGCUGAGAAACUGUCAGAGCUCUGCAAGCUGCUGCCUGAUAAUGAAGAGGAGGCCAGGUUGAGGAGGUUCAGCGGUGACCGUAGUUUACUGGCAGAGCCGGAUCUCUUCAUUCUCUCGCUGGUGGAGUUACCCAGCUUUCGCAUGCGUCUGGACGUCAUGAUCCUCCAGCAGGAGUUUGACCCUGCGGUGACCUCUCUCUGUGUGGCGGCCAGAUGUCUGCGGGAGGCGGCUCGAGAGCUGCUGAGCUGCCCGGAGCUUCACUACAUCCUGCGACUGGUGCUCAAGGCGGGAAACUACAUGAACGCUGGUGGUUAUGCUGGGAAUGCUGCUGGAUUCAGGAUUUCCUCUUUACUCAAACUGGCCGACACCAAAGCCAACAAGCCAGGCAUGAACCUCCUCCACUUUGUCGCCAUGGAGGCUGUGAAGAAGGAUAAAGACUUGCUGAUGUUUCCCAGACGCUUGAGUCACGUCGGUCCAGCUUCAAGGUUGUCAGAAGAGUCUGUGGUGGAGGAUCUUUCUCGACUGCAGAGCAGAGUCGCUGAACUCCGAGUUAGAGCUCAGGCUGAUGCUGAAAUCAAGCAGCAGACCAGAAAAUUUCUAGAGGUUGCGGAAGUGAGGCUGCAGGAGUCUCUGGACGAGCUGGAAAGCUUACAGAAGACCAGUAAGGCCCUUGUGGAUUUCUUCUGUGAAGAUGACAAAUCCUUCAAACUGGAGGAGGCCUGUCAUAUCUUCCACUGCUUCUGCCAUCGCUUCCAAAGAGCCGUGCAGGAGAACACAGAGAGGGAAGCUCAAGAGCAGCGGCGGUUGGCGCGCGAGCGUGAGAAUGUGGAAAAGCGUCGAUCUCUGGCUCUGUGCACCGGACUGGAAGCGGAGCAGGAGUCGUCUGAGCUGGAGCACGCGCUGCAGAGGAGCUUGAGUUACACGGGGAGCCGCCACAGCCUGCGCAGACUCUCGCAGUACUUCCUCCGCUCCGGCGAGAGGAGCGUGAAAUCUCACAACCAACAAUCAGAGGACUCAGACCUACGUGCUCUCGAUCCUGAAGGAUUCAGCAGAGACUCAGAGCUUAGACAUUUGCUGCUGAAGAAUGAUGCCAACACUGAGGAGACUAAAGGGAUAAAUAAAGUCAAACAAGCUCAGCGUUCAAGCACAGAUUCAGCAUGUGACCUGCAGAGAGAUGCAGUGGCUUCCCCGAAUGCUACGAAAAGCCAUUCUAGGCCGAAUACGAGAACAGUCCCCAGUGAUAACGCUUUUGUUGCUUUGGGAAAAACAAAAACGUCACAUCAGCAGGGGGCAGUGAAUGUCUCGCCGCUCACAGGACUAUCCCCUGACAAAGUCUUGAAAGUUGAGAAACCGGUUCAAGAUGCCUCUGAAAGGCUGACGCAGAUAGAAACCGAUACCUCGAAGGAUGCUAAGAAUAAAGAGUGUGGAAAUGGCGAAUCUCAAACGGGAGAGACCUGGUCAAGUGCAUCUUCUCCUCCUGAAGAUCUAGCCCAGGAGCCCUGUAGCCCAGAAAGAGAGCACGUUUACCCGGCGCUGGAGUGUCACACCCUAGUGAGGGCCCUACGCUCCUACGAGAGCCUUUCUCCAACUGUGACACGGACGACCACCAAUCACUGCUCCAAAUGGAAGAAAGAGCGGGAAGCCGAGGAGCGAGACGGCACAAGCUCACCGCACGCCAAGGGCGAUUCCCGUCUGGUUAAGACGCCGACUCGAGGGCCAACCAAAAGACUGCUGGUACAGCGAGGAGGGCCCUCCAACAGCAGCGGGAUCCCUAGAGUGCGCACGAAGGCAGAGCCGACUCCUGCGGACGGUUUGUCUGCUUGUCAGGUGUCACGGCCUUCCCCUACACGUCCCUCGUCCAUUCGCACAUCGCUAAAUGAACUCAAACGCAACAGCAAUGCACGCCAGAGGGUAAACGCCCCGUCCGAUACCGGGAAACAAAAAGGUAACACUACAGAGAAGCUGACCCAGGAUAAGGACAAGUGUCAGGAGCCGUUUGUAAGGGGUUCGCCACUUCGUGUUUCCAAACGCCUAGCGCCCAACUCUGAAUCCCAGUCUCCCCCGAGCAUACACUCUCGCACCGCUGCUACGACUGCGAAGACGAUCCGCACCGCCAUCAUAAGUGCAGCCAAAGCCAAGUCAACCAAGACCCCUGGCACCAGAAUCCCAGGCUCUACUAUUCACAAACCGGCUGCCCAGCCCACGUGGAAAUGAUAUCUGCUUGGCAGUGGCUUGAUGUUAUCUGUGCAUGUCGUAACAUGUGUAAGGAAUUAAAUUGAUAUGAUUUUCACUGGUGGCUGUCAAGGUUUUUGUGUGAGCAGUCAACUCAAUCUGCAGAAGGCCAGUAAAUAAAGGAGGCCUUCAUUGGGUCGGCCCAGAAUGGACACUGUAAGGCAUCCGAGCAGAGUGACUGCUAUUCAGGUCACAGCGAAUUUUGACUCUCAUUUCAGGACUUUGAUGGAAACGGUCUCGUCCAGCACUGUCUUUAGCUCUACCUCUGAAUGCUCGAGUGCUCUGUGCAGGUUACAGCACACAUCAGAAGGAUUCCUGCCAGAACCUUCUUUCAUUAUGUGUUGUGUUUGUGAUGUUAGAAUGGAGUUGCCACAGUCAAAAAGACUCAAGUGAAUGCUCAUGUCAUGUGGGAUGUUGAUUUUAACUUGCCCUUCGAUUCAGGUCAGAUUGACUGUUUACUUGAGUUACAGGUACAAAAUAAUGAUGCAAAACUUAAGUUAAAAUCAUGCAUGAAUUAUUUCAAGAUCCCAAAGCAAAUUGUGUGUGAGGUGUGUGUCCAUUAGUACAUGUUGGUUUUCCUUCAACUCUGAUGCACUUUACAGAUAAAAGAGAGAUUUAAUGCUGGCAGAAACUGUCUUUGUGGUUAUCUGCUGUACUUGAUUGUUUUUGUUUAUAUGGAAUGUUAAAUUAACAGAAUCAAAAACACAGCUGCCAUUUGUAAUAUUUGUAUUUUGUAAAUAAUGAGUAUUUGAAAUAA